AUGUAUCACAGCGACUACUCCACUCGACCGGCUACUGCAGCCGAACUUUUGGAGGCAUCCAAGAAGCUAUAUGUCCAAACAGAAUUCCUGAAACGGCAUAGAGUCGAUCCGAAUGCGCCGAGGAUCUUCAAAACACCCUCGGAAGAGGAGCUCGAGGGAAUGUACCAAAACGCCGACGACUUUACAGUGGUCGAUAUUAGGCCUUCAAACGGGAUGAUGUUUUGUGUUGCGUCGAGGCCGACAAAGAGUGGUGCGAGACAAACGGAAGUUCUGCGGAAUAGUGUCAACAGUGCGUUUCAGCCGUUGCAUAAGCCGCCGCCAAGACCACCAAAGAGCGAACAGCUGAAAAUGAAGUGAGUUUUCACAAGGAAUCCGCUAGAUACUGUGGGGAACCUGUUCCAGUGGUAAAAAACGUACCAUUUUGCAUCCGGAAAGUACCAAAAAUGUGGCAAAAUGCUUCCCUCUCCAAGUGAAAAAAACUCCGGUUUCCCUCACUUUUUUAUGAGGGAAAGCCCUUCAAAACGGAGUAUUUACACUUGGAGACGGAAGCAUUUUGCCACAUUUUUGAUGCUUCCAGGAUGCAAAAUGGUACGUUUUUUGCCGCUGGAUCAGGUACCUCACUGUAUAAUCAAACUCCUUGAGUCAUAAAUAUAUAAAUUUACUUUCAGGCUCUCCGCUUUCCAAUCAGACUCGAAUUCUCGAAAGGAGAACGCUCCCUUGCCGAAUUAUGAGGAAUUAACGCUCCAGCGACGUAAAAAAGCGGCAGAAUCCCAGAAACCUCGGCCGCAACCUCCUCCACGACCUUCCCUAAUGAGCUCUCGAGAUGAACUACAAACCCGGAUUGAAUCCCGGCCAGCACCUCAACCCCGCCGUCGGCAAACUACAACUUUCUUCGGGGCAAUCGACACAUAUCCCGAGAUGACGCAAAGCACAUACAUAGACCGACCAUCCAGCCAAAUGGUCGAAAGAUCCACCUCGACCACAAAUCUGACCAAAAGCACGCCCGAUCUAACGGUGGAUGUAUCGCCAGCAACGCCGUCUGUUACACCCACAACGCAAGUCGACUCGUCGUAUUUGAGUAACGGCACAAGCUCAAGUCAACAAACGUCGGCUAGGAGUAUUAACUCGCCGGAUUCGGGAGCUUCGAGUUGGAAACCACCGGUUACGGCAAAAUUGAGCAAAAUGAUCGAGAUGAAGAAACCACCUUUACAGCAAACGGCAUCGCUGAAACCGCAAGAUUCAGCAGCAAAGUAAGCGGUUCUUCUAUCUCUCCCAACCUAGACAGCCCGUUAUUUUCUACAUCAACAUCCUCAUAUUUAAUUUUUCAGACCUCCGGCGAUCCCUAGCUCAUCGUUGCGACGCAGUAUAAGCUCCAAAGCAGUCGACUCAAAACUGCCAGGAACUUCGGUGAAUUUGAAGGUUGUCGACAACGAUUUCGAAGAGCGAGUUCAACGUUGGGAGAGAAGGCGAACGGUCGGGAACAACCUAGGUAUAGCGACAAUUACGGCGGCACCUGGCCUCACAACUAGUUGGAUGGAAAUGCCAAGCACUCAGGAUGUCGAGGAGCUCUUUGAUUCACAGGUAGGUAUAUAAAACUAGGUUAUUAAGAUAGGUAAAUACCUUGAAAUCCAACUAAUUUGAAUACGAAAAUUUUUAAAUAUAUUUCAGGGGGUUGAUCCCACUCUACUCGCCCAUUCCCCACCAACCCCAUCUAGCGAUAUCCCCUCGGACUUCACCUCUAUCACGGCCCAAAAGGAACGUCAAGACAGCCCGGACGAAGAGACCGUCCUUUACUCGGUCACCUGCACCACUCAAGCCCCUCCAGAACGACCGGUUUCGUUGAUGGAGAAGAACGCGCGCGUUCUACGCUGGAUACACGGCUGCUCUAUGGCAACAAAUUGCUAA